AUGUCCAACAUUAUGAGCAAUCGUAACAGCACCCCCGAGGUGGGCAACAUCUCGUCGCUGAGGCCCCCUUCGUCCCGCGCCGUCGGCGUCGGCCAGGGCCUGCGUGCCUCUGCCGACAUGGGCGUCCUCACGGGCCAGGGUGCCUCGAGCCGCAUCCGCCCGUCCUCCGACUUUUACGGCCAGGUACAGUCCGCCCACGGCCAGGGGAACGCCGACCUCGACCCCCAGGAUAAGCUCGCCCAGCAAUGGAUCGCCGACAUUGACCAGUACGAGACCACGUUGGAGGAGAUGGCUGCGGCAACGCUCGACCAGGACUUCAAGGACGAGCUGAGCGCCAUCGAGCAGUGGUUCCGAGUCCUCAGCGAGGCAGAGCGGACGGCAGCUCUGUAUGCGCUCCUACAGCAGACCACUCAGGUCCAAAUUCGCUUCUUUAUCCAGGUUCUGCAACAGAUGGGCAAGAGCCACCCAAUGUCGGGCGUUUUGUCGCCGGCCAACUUUGACAAGGAUCCCAUGACGAAUCGUCUGAAUGAUGCUAUGACCAAGCUCAACGUCAACGACUCGGCUCGCAACUCCCUCGCCCGCCCGAGCCCUGGCCUGAGCGUCAAGCGCCACUCGGGCCUCGACACAUCGACGAUUAAUGCCAUGUUCCCAGAUGCAGCGGCGGCCAUUGCGACGGAGAAGGCCAAGUUUACUCAGCAAACUGGCAACCCUCCCACGUCGACCCGGAAUAGCUUGAUAGAUAACAGGGGCUCUAUGGUCUCCCUGGCUCCGGCGAUAAGCGCACCGAAGGACGACUCUAGCAUCCAGAGCCCGGCCCUGUCAUGGGGGCCGGCUGACGUGUCGCGUCCCAAGUCGUCUUCGGGCCAGCCUCCCAUGGGCCAGUUUGUGCAGCCACCGCCGUCGGCUGGUGCGCUGCGAUCGCCGCGUCACCAAAUCUCGGGCAACUCAAACAUACAGAACACGACGUUGACGACUGAUCAGACGGUGUCCGAUAUGCCCCUUCUGUCUCCCUAUGGGCCUUCGGGCGGAAACUGGUCGUCGAUGGUGAACACGCCCAUGGUGCCGACGUUCAACCAGAACCAGGGUAAUAACGCGGAUAUGGUUGCGAAUGCUACGGCCAUGAAGCUCGCCGCCCUGUCGACGGUCAACAACCGAUUCGCCCUGGACGACGUGCGAAAGUACCGACGCGCUCGCUCCAACGAUGCUCCCGGCCAGGGCCAGAAUCCGCUAUCACCUGGCGCCCAGGGUCUUCCGCAAGGCGUUGUCAUGAUCAACGAGCACGGGCAGAUUUUGAACCGGGACCAUAUGAUAGCUCUGCAGCAGCAGAGCAUGGGGUUUUCCAACCACCGGUCGCGGCCCAGCUCGCCGGGAAUGUCGAUGCAUAGCUACGGGCAGGCGGCUUUCCCGUUCACGUCUCCUCAGACUAACGGCUUUCUGAGUGCGUACGACGGCGGACCCCAGCUGCUGAAUAAUGGACUGGCUCCAGUGAAUUUGGCUCAGUUUGGCCUCGGGGGCCACGAGGGAUAUCUCUCGGACCACUCGGACAUGACGCGGGGCCGAUCUCCGCGUGGUCGGAGGGGCAGCUCGAAGCCGCCUGAGGAUCCGACAGACCCGACUCUGUUGCAGGACAUCCCGAGUUGGCUGCGCAGUCUCCGUCUGCACAAGUACACGGACAAUCUGAAAGACAUGAAGUGGAUGGACCUCAUCGAGUUGGAUGACAAGCAGCUGGAGGACCGCGGGGUCAACGCCCUGGGCGCGAGACGCAAGAUGUUGAAGGUCUUUGAACAGGUUAAGGAGGCUCGGGACGUGGGUAAGCUGGCCUAG